GAGAUCCAAUUUAAGAGCGGUUCUCAGGGUUCUGCUGGUCAAUUCUGCUGUGGUUGGGUUCGGAUUUCUUUACUUGCCGAUGCUAACAAUAUACGAGCUACAAGCAUCUGGACUAAACAGAACUGUGGCUGGGCACCUGUUUCCUUCUCCUUCAACUCAGCUUAUCUUGUUUAAUGAGGUUGUGGUCGUUUUUGUCAUCCCUUUUACUCUCUACUUUCUUUAUCCACGGAUAUGUCCUCGCGGCGGACCGCAUUAUAUAACAAAAACGUGCAUUGGCGUCGUCUUUUCCAUUGUAUCCGGGCUGGUCGCCAUUAUUCUGGAGACAAUCCGGAAGAAAAACUGUGAAAACAACCACGGCUAUUCCACAAUCAGUAUAUUUGCCCAAGGACCUCAGUACACAUUGAUUGCACUCGCUGAAGUUUUCACCAAGCUUACAGUGAUGGAGUAUUCUUAUAUGGAAGCCCCUGAUGGUAUAAAGUGCUUUAGCAUGGGCCUACACCAGACGGCGCUGGGCCUUUCAUACUUGAUUGCAGUUGGAAUUGAAGCGUUGGUGAUAAAAACUCGGCCAGACUGGCUUUUGUUUGAUGCUCCAGACAUUUGUCUUCGUGACGAAUCUUACUUGGAAAGUUUCUUGGGCAUAUUGGUCUUGUUAAGCAUCGUUUUCUCGAUCAUCUUCCCACUGGUUACCAGGAUCCCAAAGGACAUUUUGAAAAAUGAUCAGAUCAGGAUGUAG